AUGACCGAAGAAGAGAAAUUAUUUCUGGCAGAUAAGAGCUUAAAUAUGUCACUUAUGGAUGGAGAAAGUGACGUCUCAGAUGUUUUGUUGAAAUCAAAAGCGUCAUCCCAAAAAGUAGCAGCGGUUCGGCAGCGUCGCAUCAACCACGUUAAAAUUGCGCAUUUUUCAGCUGCAAUAAGUAAAGUGUUUGGUGAAGUGUACAAUUCACGUGGGAAAUUGAACGAUAUGUAUCGUCGGAAAGCUGUUAAUUCAUUACAUAUUACGGAAUCUAUACCGGAACACAUCACACAACUUGAUUUCAUAUCGCUAAUUCCCAGUGAACUUCGAACUGAUCAGCGGAUCGUUAUCGAUUUAGUCAAACGUUUAUCGGAAGCGGCCCGACAUCGACAGCGAAUUGCUCGGGCUAAUUUCAUAUAUCGUAAUGAAGCACAACGUUUAUCAGAAAUUUUUCGUGAAUGUGCUCAUCGUGAAGAUCAAUGCAUUCGACUUGCAAAGUUAAUCGGUGAUGUACGUAGUGAGCGUCAGUGGAAGGGUAGUAUGCCAAGUGUGGAAUGGUUUUUGCGACGCAAAAAGGGUGUUGUUUCGUCAAAGGCUGAAAAAAUGGAUCAACAGGCAGCUGGUCCGGCAGCUCCGAAUAAACUUAAACGUUUGUUAGAAAUUUCCAAAACGUCAAAUGAUGAGGAACGAUUGAAGAUAUCAAAAAGUGAAUUUGAAUUACCUGAUGAAUCUGGCAGUUAUACAGAUUACUUGAAACAAGUUUUUUUGAAUUCAACGUCCACAGAUUUUUCUCACGAUGAGAAGCAAGACAUAGAAGCGAAAAUUGAACCGGAAACGCCAACAGGAACACCUACUGCCAUGGGAAGUCCAAAUGGUGUUAGCACUACGAUUAUCAGCACCGAAGAAUUGCAUUUUCCAAGCAGCUCAAAUUCGGAAUCAGGCUUAUUGACAAGUGCGGUUACAUCACAGACGUUACCGAAUUCAUUGGAUCGAAAUAUCGCAAUUGAAAAAUUAGAAACGUAUUUCAGUCGUAGUACUCCGGAUCAAGUACGACAGUAUAUGUUGCGAUUGCGGCAAGCUGCUAAUCGACGUCUUGCCGAACAAGCAGUUGAUUUGAUCUCAACAUUGAGCAGUGAGGAGUGUGCGCAAUUUUUAAGCGAUAUUGAUAGUGAUGGUACUGCUGGCUUUAAUUAG